GGGCUCUGCCUGCCUGCCGGGAGCCCGCGUCUGAUGGUGGGCCGGCGCUGCCUCCGUCUGCUCUCGCUGCCUCUGAAGCCGGCGCCGCAGUUGAGGGACGCCUCGCCGCCGCAGAAGAGCCUCUGCGCCAUGGAGGACGAGGAGGAGGACCUGCCCCGAGAGAGUUCCCCACCAAAUGAUAUGACUGAAGAGCAACCGUUCUCGGCUUGCAAUGAAAAUCCAAAUGGAGCGGUAAGAAGACGGCAAAAUUCAAGUCAAGGUUCUCGGAGCAGUGAUUCUUCUAGGACAUCUAGAAAAAGCUUCAGAUUAGAUUAUAGGUUGGAGGAAGAUGUGACAAAAUCAAAGAAGGGCAAAGAUGGAAGGUUUGUCAACCCCUGGCCAACAUGGAAGGCCCCAUCUUUCCCAAACAUUUUGAAGUGGGCUCUUACAGAAAAGGACAACAGCAAGAUCCCAUCUUCAAAGCAGGAUCUUGACAAAGAGCUUCCAGUAUUGAAACCUUACUUUGUCGAAAAUCCUGAACUAAUUGGAAAAACAGGAUCUGGCAUGCGCGUAACAUGGCUUGGACAUGCUUCAGUGAUGGUGGAGAUGGAUGAACUUGUAUUUCUUACUGAUCCCAUCUUCAGCCAGCGGGCUUCUCCAGUACAGUUUGGGGGCCCAAAGCGUUUCCGAGGGCCGCCUUGUACAGUGGAUCAGCUCCCCAAGAUAGAUGCAGUGAUGAUCAGCCACAACCAUUAUGACCACCUGGACUACCACAGUGUUGUGAAUUUAAACAACCGCUUUGGCAGUGACCUGAGAUGGUUUGUUCCGCUGGGUCUUUUAGACUGGAUGCAGAAAUGUGGCUGUGAGAAUGUAAUUGAAUUGGACUGGUGGGGAGAAAACUGUGUCCCUGGCCAUGAUGCCGUUACUUUCGUCUUCACUCCUGCUCAACACUGGUCCAAGAGGACUGCAAUGGACGACAACAGAUCUCUCUGGGGGAGUUGGUCUGUCUUGGGACCUUGGAAUAGAUUUUUCUUUGCUGGAGACACUGGCUAUUGUGUUGCUUUUGAGGAGAUAGGGAAGCGGUUUGGACCUUUUGAUCUGGCAGCUAUUCCCAUUGGAGCAUAUGAACCAAGGUGGUUUAUGAAGUACCAACAUGUGGAUCCUGAAGAAGCUGUAAGGAUUCACAUUGAUGUUCAAACAAAGAAAUCUGUUGGAGUUCACUGGGGGACCUUUGCUUUAGCAAAUGAGUACUACUUGGAUCCUCCAGCUAAACUGAAGGAAGCUCUUGAGAAAUACGGAUUGAAAACUGAAGAUUUCUUUGUCCUGAACCAUGGAGAAUCGCGAGACCUCAAUAUAAAUGACGAUGGAUUUGAAUAAAAUUACAAAAAUCCGAUUUCUUAAUGACUUCCACCUGAAGAAACAGUUGGAAUUGAUACCUUUUUUGUAAAAAUUUAAACAAGAUUUUUAAAAUUCAGAUAUUUUGUUUAGUUAUCCAGUGGUCCCACCUAAACCUUUGCAUACUAGCCUUCUAAAAUGAUGUUUGUAAUGGAUGAAAUUACAGUGGUGGUAUUAACUUAGUGCAGAGGAUUACAUUGCCUGUGAAUUGAAAUUAUAAUACUUACAAGUUGUUGAUUCUUUUCCUCUCUACAGAAAUGCCACUAUAAAUCACCUGUUAGGACUUCGCUACUAUAUUUCCCUGCAUAAUAGUUGCACUUUCCCUUUUUUCAUUGAAAAAAUAGAGGUGCAACUAUGACGCGGUGAAAAACAGGUGUGCAGCUACAGGGUUUCCUUUGGCUCAAAGCUAAAGGAAGUCUCGUGGCUGGCUGAAAGGGGUGCCACUAUUGGUAUUAACUUAGUGCAGAGGAUUACAUUGCCUGUGAAUUGAAAUAUCAUACUUACAAGUUGUUGAUUCUUUUCCUCUCUACAGAAAUGCCACUAUAAAUCACCUGUUAGGACUUCACUACUAUAUUUCUCUGCAUAAUAGUUGCACUUUGCCUUUUUUCAUUGAAAAAAUAGAGAUGCAACUAUUACGUGGUGAAAAAUAGGUGUGCAGCUACAGGGUUUCCUUUGGCUCACAGCUAAAGGAAGUCUCGUGGCUGCAAGGGGUGCCACUAUUAUGCAAGGAACAGCAAGAAACCAUUUUGGGACCCCCAAAAUCAGGGUGCAACAUAUGCAGUGGUGACUAUUAUGCGAUGAAAUAUAGUACCUUAGAAACUGUCUUAGACAUUUAGUGCCAAUCCCCUAUCUGAUCUAAAAAGUGGCUUUCUCUUUCAACAAUGGAGAAGUUACUGUGAAAAGAGGUACUGCAUUCCCCUUCUGUGGCCCCCGGGCAGCUGCCGAAGGUCCUGGCCCUGCUGCUGGGCUUCUCCACAAUGGCCGCCAUGCUUGUUCAUGCAGACUUUGUACCUACCAACAAGGAUGCUGUAGGCUCCUGACAGAAAAGGUGAUUUGUAUAUACAGAUUGGCUCCUGCAUGCACUUGAAUUCAGGCCUGCUGCAGCAGAUGAACACAAUGUCUCACAAAAACAGGCUGGUUUGCAUGGGGAGAUAUAUGGCUGUGCGUUUUGCCUCAUACGCACUUUUAUCCACUCCUCACUGACUGCAUUUAAGACACCACUUAAUGCCUGCGGAGUGCAGGUUGAAGCCACAGUAGUCCACUCUCUUUCACUAAUCAUCAUCAGGAGCACACAUACAUCCAUGGUGUUGUGACAUUAGCCAACAGGACUCGCACUUACUUCCUACUAAACAUGAGUAUUCAUAGCAGGCUAUUGGGUGGCAGUCUUGUAUAUGAAUUAAUAGCACUUAAUUGGAAGCAGAUGCCACAGAAAUCUGAGUAUCUAGGAUUGGAACUUCCAUUUAU